AUGACAGGUUCCAAUAGUCGUUUUAUUCCUGAUGGAUUUAAAGAACAAAUGUAUUAUACAAAUAUGUUUCGUUUACUUUUUCGUUUUGAUAUGCCUGAACAUGUUAUGCCAUUAUGGGAAUCUGUUGUACCAAAUAUAUAUUCACCAUCAAUAAAUAUAAUUGAAGAUUUAAUAGAAUUUAUUUCAACAUGGAAUAUAAAAGAUUAUUAUGUUCGUUUAUGGUCUGAUUUACUUCUAUUAGGUUUUAUUGAUAAUAGACAAAAUAAUCGUCGAAUUAUAGAACGUUAUUUAACAUUACUUAUACGUAGUGAUCAAGAUAAUUUAUCAAAAGAACAAUUAAAACAAUAUGCAAAUAUAGCACGACAAAUUUUAAAACGUUUUCCAUUAAUACCUGAUGAAGAUGAACAACAAAUGGGUAAUAUACCUAAUGAUCAACAACAAACUGAUGAAGAACAACAACAACGAGCAAAACAAUUAAAACAACUUCAACCAAAAUUUCAAUAUAGUGGACAAUUAUUGUCAAAUCUUAUUUAUUUAUUAACACGUGCUGAUGAUUUUGAAGCUAGUUGGUCAUUAUAUGAAUAUUAUUUAUUAAAUAAAAAUAUACUUAUUAAUCCAUUAAAUGAAAUAAGUCUUAUGUCAUUAUUAACAUUAUCAAUAGAACAAAAUCAUAUUGAUCAUUCAUUAAAUAUAGUCGAAAGAAUCAAUGAACUUAAUUAUGAAUGUUUAAGUAAUGCACUUGAUUUAUUGAAUCGUAAUGGUAAUUUAGAUAAUAAAGAUAGACAACGUUUACGAACAAUACAAAAAAACUCAUCUUUAGAAAGUGCACAUCUUGUUAAACUUGUUUAG